UCGGUGCGGGGCGGGCUCGAGCUGUGCAGCCCCGUGUCCGUCUGUCGGGGUGUCCGUCGGUCUGUCGGCGCGGGGGGGGCCUCAGCCGGCCGAGGUACUGCCGUAGCCAUGGCGACGUGAGCCGGAUGCGGGGCCGGGGGAUGCUGCUCCCGCCCGCCCGCCGCAGGGAUGGUGCUGGGACCCUCUCGGGGCACAUCCCUGCCGCCCCCCGCCAUGCCCGCCGCCCUCCGCCUGCUCUGCGGGGUGGUGGUGCCGGCUGCCAUGCUCUGCACCGAGCCCCUGCCCCGCAUCACCUUCCCCAGCGAGGACCCACGACGGACCCUCACCCACUUCAGCCAGGACAACGUCUCGCACUAUGACAUCUUCCUCCUGGAUGAGAGUGAGGAGGAGCUGUAUGUGGGGGCACGUGACCGGGUGCUGGCCCUCACUGUCACCCCUGGGAGCAUCCGUGCAAGAGCCUCGAUAAUGUGGGGACCCACGGCUGAGAAAACCUCUGAGUGUGCUUUUAAGAAGAAGAGCCAAGAGACUGAGUGCUUCAACUUCAUCCGAGUCCUGGUGGCCCUGAACCAGACCCACCUCUACGCCUGUGGGACCUAUGCCUUCAGCCCUGCGUGCACCUACAUCCACCUGGAGAACUUCACACUGGUGUCCAGUGGCAGAGGACAACCCUUCCUGGAUGGGAAGGGCCAGUGCCCCUUUGACCCCCAGCACAACUACACGGCCCUGCUGGUGGAUGGUGAGCUCUACGCUGGCACCAUGAACAACUUCCAGGGCAACGAGCCCAUCAUCUCCCGCUCGCUGGGCACCCGCACCCUGCUCAAGACAGACGCCUUCCUGCGCUGGCUCUCAGGUGAGCAGGGGGUCGGUCCUGUGCCGGGGGUGCCUGCAGCCCCCUCGACUCCAGCUCCUCACCCACCUGCCCUGGCUGUGCCUGUAGAUGAUGCUGCCUUCGUGGCCUCCUUCAGCAUCCCCGGGGACGACAAGGUCUACUUCUUCUUCGAGGAGACGGCCGAAGAGUUCGACUUCUUCGAGCGGCUCCUGGUGCCACGGGUGGCCCGUGUCUGCAAGAGUGAUGUGGGGGGGGACAAGGUGCUGCAGAAGAAGUGGACGACAUUCCUGAAGGCACAGCUCGUGUGCUCCCAGUCCGGCCACUUCCCCUUCAACGUCAUCCACCACGCCUUCGCCCUGCCCCGCCCUGGCGGCGGUGCCGACUUCUACGCCGUCUUCACCUCGCAGUGGCAGGCAGGCAGGGCGGGCAGCGCCGCCGUCUGUGCCUACAGCCAGAAGGAUCUGGAGAAGGUCUUCGAGGGCAAGUACAAGGAGCUGAACAAGGAGAGCUCCCGUUGGACUGUCUACAGCGGCCCUGACAUGAGCCCCCGGCCUGGCAGCUGCUCCGUGGCUCCCUCCUCAGACAAAGCCCUCACCUUCAUGAAAGACCAUUUCCUGAUGGAUGAGAAGGUGUCACCCAUCCAGGGGAGGCCGCUCCUGGUGAAGUCAGACGUCACCUACACGCGCAUCGCAGUGGAUGAGACUCGUGGCAUCUCAGGGACCACCUACCGUGUCCUGUUCCUGGCCACAGCAAAGGGUCUCCUGCACAAGGCAGUGGAGCUGCCCGAGGGUCCCCACAUCGUGGAGAGCAUCGAGCUCUUCCGGACGCCGGAGCCGGUGAAGAACCUGCUGCUGGCCCCGGGGAAGGGCACCCUCUAUGUGGGCUACUCCAGAGGUGUCCUCCAGGUCCCACUGGCCAACUGCAGCCUGCACCGGAGCUGCGCCGAGUGUGUGCUGGCACGGGACCCCUACUGCGCCUGGCAUAGCCCCGAGGGCUCCUGCCAGCCCACCCGCAUGGCCACUGAGGACAGGAGCAUGUGGCUGCAGGACGUCGAGACGGGGAGCCCGGCCAACACAUGCCACCGCGGGAGGAGCGUGGCCAUGCCCCGAGCCUGGGGGGCACCGGAGGAUCCCACCAUACAGGUGCUCAACCCCCAGCCAAACACCAUCGUCCACCUGCUGUGCCCCUGCCACUCUGCACUGGCCACCUACAGCUGGCAGCAGCCCAGCAGUGCCCAGAAGGACACGAUGCAGCUGCCUGACCACACGCUGGUGGUCAUCAUGCAGCCGGAGACAGCCGGCAUCUACAAGUGCCAGGCCACGGAGAACGGCUACACCUGGACCGUGGCUCACUAUCAGCUCAAGGGCUCUGUUGGGGCAGCCCUGGGGGAUGGGCUGGAUGAAGAGGAGCUGGCCUGGGGGUCCUCGGCCAUUGGCACCCCCGGGUCAUACUGGUCGCAGUUUGUGACGGUGACGGUGCUGCUGGUGGUGACAGUGACCGCGGCCGCCUGCCUGGCCCUGCUCGCCUACCGCGACCAGCUCAAGGCCCGCAGCAAGGUGCGGGGCUGCAGCGCUCCCCACAGCCCCCCAUCCCGCCACCGGGAGAAGGUGCCCCUCAACGGGGGCACCGGAGAGCCCCCGGCGCCCGGAGCCGCUGCUGAGGAGGAGGAGGAGGACGAAGGCUCCCACGCUUGCUGCCUCCAACUCGACGGGGACAUCGACGUGGACAACAACCGGCUCCACGUGCCGGGGCAGAACACGGCGUGACACUGUCAGGGGACACCCUGGGGAG